AUGAGCUCGACGCUGCCGCUUCAUAUGUACAUCCGUCCCUUGACGAUUGAGGACACCACUGCGGUGUCCGCGUUGGAAAGUAGGGGUUUUCCACCCGAGGAAAGAGCUGCGCUGGAGACCACCCAGUACCGUCUGAAUACGUGCCCAGAACUGUGUUCCGGGCUGUUCAUCAGAGACGUGGAAGGAUCAGAGGUGAAAGGCGAGAAAUUGAUCGGCCACAUUAUGGGCACCAAAAUCCCCAAUUCUGGGAGCACUUCCCAACCGUCCAUGAUCACGCUGCAGAGCAUGGGAAAAGUGCACGACGAGGCCUCGACCACUGUCGGGAUCCACUCCGUGGUCAUUGCCCCGGAGUACCAGAAGAAAAACCUCGCCACGCUACUGCUGACGGACUACAUCCAGAAGCUCAGCAACCAAGAGGUUGGCCAGCGCAUUGUGAUCAUCGCCCAUGAGCCCCUGGUGCCAUUCUACGAGCGCAUCGGCUUCUUGCUACAAGGCGAAAACGAAAGUGUCAAGACCGAUCCGGCGUUCGGCAAGACCACAUGGUGUGACAUGGUGCGCGAGCUUGUGAAGGAAGAAUAUGAAAGCUAG